AUGAGCUGUCAGAUGUCGUGCAAAUCGCGAGUCAGAGGAGGCGGCGGAGGUGGCAGUGGGUUCCGGAGCUUCAGCAGCGGCUCAGCCGUGAUGAGCGGUGGCAGCCGGCGCUCUGGCUCCGGCUUCUCCUGCCUGAGCCGCCACGGAGGCGGUGGCGGCGGUGGCAGGGGCUGCGGCGGCGGUGGCUUUGGCAGCCAGAGUCUGGUGGGCCUGGGAGGCUCCAAGAGCAUCUCCAUGAGCGUGGCUGGAGGAGGAGGAGGAGGCAUGGGCGCCGGUGGAUUUGGCGGCAGAGGAGGUGGCUUCGGCGGAGGCAGCGGCUUCGGAGGUGGCAGCGGCUUCGGCGGUGGCAGCGGGUUCGGCGGUGGCGGUUUUGGCGGAGGAGGCUUCGGUGGAAGCCGGUUCGGAGGCGGCGGUGGCUUCGGAGGCGGCGGUGGCUUCGGAGGCUUUGGAGGGCCUGGGGGCGCUGGCCCCGGAGGAUUCCCUGGUGGAGGCAUCCACGAAGUGUCCAUCAACCAGAGCCUCCUGCAGCCUCUCAACGUGAAGGUUGACCCGGAGAUUCAGAACGUGAAGUCUCAGGAGCGGGAGCAGAUCAAAACGCUCAACAACAAGUUUGCCUCCUUCAUCGACAAGGUGCGCUUCCUGGAGCAGCAGAACCAGGUGCUACAGACCAAAUGGGAGCUGCUGCAGCAGAUGGACGUCAGCACCCGCAGCACCAACCUGGACCCCAUUUUCCAGGCCUACAUUGCCCAACUGAAGAAAUACUUGGAUUCUCUCAAUGCAGAGAGAACAUCACAAGAGUCAGAGCUGAGCAACAUGCAGGAUCUUGUGGAAGAUUUUAAGAAAAAGUAUGAGGAUGAGAUCAACAAGCGCACAAGUGCCGAGAAUGACUUUGUGACCCUCAAGAAGGACGUGGACGGUGCCUACAUGACUAAAGUGGAGCUUCAGUCCAAGGUGGAUGUGCUGAGCCAGGAGAUUGAAUUCCUGAGAGUUCUCUAUGAUACGGAGCUGUCCCAGAUGCACCAGAAUGUCACCGACACCAAUGUCAUCCUGUCCAUGGACAACAACCGCAGCCUGGACCUGGACAGCAUCAUCAGUGAGGUCCAGUCCCAGUAUGAGGAGAUCGCACAGAGGAGCAAGAUGGAGGCUGAGGCCCUGUACCACAGCAAGUAUGAGGAGCUGCAGGUGACGGCAGUGAAACAUGGAGACAGCCUGAAAGAGAUCAAGAUGGAGAUCAGUGAGCUGAACCGCAUGAUUCAGAGACUGCAAGGGGAGAUCGCCCACGUGAAGAAGCAGUGCAAGAGCGUGCAGGACUCCAUCGCCGAUGCUGAGCAGAGGGGAGAGAAUGCCAUCAAGGAUGCCAGGAACAAGCUCACUGAGCUGGAGGAAGCCCUGCAGCAGGCCCGGGAGGACCUGGCCCGGUUGUUGCGUGACUACCAGGAGCUGAUGAGCACCAAGCUGUCCCUGGACAUGGAAAUCGCCACCUACCGCAAACUGCUGGAGGGCGAGGAGUGCCGGAUGUCUGGCGACCUCAGCAGCAACGUGAGCAUCUCGGUGACCAGCAGCACCGUUUCCUCCAACGUGGCAUCCAAGGCGGGCUUCGGCAGCGGCGGCGGCGGCGGCGGUAGAGGCUCCGGCUCCGGCGGCGGCAGAGGCUCUGGCUCCGGCGGCGGCUUCAGCUCAGGCAGCCGAGGCGGCUCCGGCUCCAGGGGCGGCGGCGGCUCCGGCGGCGGCUACGGCUCCGGCGGCGGCUCCGGCAGCGGCUCUCGCGGCGGCUCCGGCUCCGGCGGCGGCUCCAGAGGCGGCUCCGGCGGCAGCUACGGCUCCGGCGGCGGCUCGGGCGGCGGCUCCAGAGGCGGCUCCGGCUCGGGCGGCGGCUCCAGGGGCGGCUCCGGAAAGGGGGGCUUCAGCUCCGAGAAGUCGAGCUCCGGCGAAGCCUACAGCUCCAGCGUGUCCUUCUCCUUCCGAUAA